AUGGAGGGGGGCCGCACGGCGUGGGGGGCGGCAGGGGCCUCGCCGCCCGACCCCACCCUCCUGAACGUUGUGCCCCCGUUGAGGUUCGCCAUGGUGGAGGAGGGGGUCUACCGCGGCGCGUACCCGGUGCUGCGCAACUUUCCCUUCCUCCGCGGCCUCGGCCUGCGCACCAUUGUCUCGCUGAUCCCAGAGGAACCAACCUACGACCUGAGCUGCUUCGCCGCCGCGGAGAAGAUCACGCUGCGGCACAUUCGAGCCGAACGGUACAAGGGUGAAGUGCAGCUUCUACCGACGGAAAUGAGCGAGGUACUGCAGCUGCUUAUUAAUCUUGAGCAACACCCAAUUUAUGUUCACUGUUUAGAUGGUCGUCAUAUUGUUGGAUUAGUAAUUAUGGGCCUGCGUAAGUUGCAGUUUUGGGAGGUCAACAGCAGUCAUUUGGAAUAUCAGCGCUUCACAAGAAGUGUGCAGGACGAAGUGGCAUUUAUCGCUGACUACAGUGGACCCGUUGUUGUGCCCAUGCGCAUCCCAUCCUGGCUCUGGAGAGGCGCCUGGUGUGACGCGUCGGGGAAGCCCAAGCGCAUUCAUGUAGGCAUUCGUCUAAAAUUUCCAUCUGUGCUGCGCAGCACGGAAAACACAGAUGGUGCAGCUGCCAGUGCACUGUGGGAGCGUGACGGUGCAAACGGCACUUCCGCAAACUCCGGCACGGGGGUGCCCACACCAGAGCGUCUUGCUUCUUUGCAGGCGGCAGGUGUCGCCUCAACUUCGACCUUGCAUACAGUAAUUGUGGCACCCAGUACUGGGAAUGGGGCUGAGAGCGGAUUGGCGUACGUUGACUUGCCGCGCGUUACACCAGCGCAGCUUGUUGGGCCGGCAAAUGAUGCUCGCCAUGCAGCGUGUGCCAUACAGACGGAAAAAUCGCUUGCCGCAGAUUUACGCUUCUUGUCUUUGCGCACCUCCGCUGAGACCGUCUCGGCGUCGUCAACACCGCCACUACUAGCAACAACAUCGUCGCUGGCGCCAUUUUCGUCGCAGGGCUGCGAGCUGUGGGAUGCAUUGUCUACCGCUGGGUUUGCGCCUCGAGGCGGUAGCUCCGCUACGGCAGGACUCCCCUCAAACCUUACCGGCAUGGGGAGUGAACUCUCGGCAGUGAGUCACCCCACGACGCAGCGUGGCACGCCACCAGGCACCUCUGCGUCCCCGGGUGAAGCCGAUGAUGUUACUAGUGGUUCUUACUUCUCCAUGCAACACGGCCUGCAUGGCGCGGCGAACACCGCACUGCACCGAGGGAAUGAAUGGAACAACCCCCCUGCAUCGUCGGCGAAGUACCCUUCGCGUUCGCAACGUAAUUUGCAGUACAUCGUUGCAGAAGCAGCUGGAUAUGGCCCAUCAACGGAUCCGGCCGGUAGCUCAAAAAAAACAAGGCGUCGAAAGUCCCUCUGA